AUGUAUCCAAACAAAACCUUGAUUUAUUACGGUUAUCUAGGCUGCUCUCCUCUGUACCCAUUGGUUGCCAUCUCCCUGCGCACUCUGGCAGCAUACCGCCAGUCUCACCAAACCUGCCCACGAUUUAGCAUUCAAGCCCAAUGCAAAACACUCUGCCACCUUCAUGAUGUGCCUUAUUGCCCAUAUUUAAACACCCAGUUCUCUGCCGCUUAUGAUGUCUACCUCGAGAUUCUAUAUCGUAAUGCAUGUCCCUGUUGCUUCUAUAAAUUGGAAGGCGAGCGCCCACUUGUGUUUGAUUGGCUCACAACUGUAGAUGGCAACAACAGCCUCAAAAGAUGGGCGUCAUCAACUUACGGAACAGCCGCACAAGAAGACUCAUGGCAGGCUCGUUCGGAUUACUGGGUUGACCGAAUAGCCGUUGAUAAAUUUCAGAAUGAUGUGAGGGCGCCAACAGUACAUGAUUUCUAUGUCAUACUGUACAAUACUGCCAUAAUAGCUAUAGUCUGGAACCUCGAACCGUGGAGGAAUGCUGGCCCUGAGCAACAUAAAAAAAUGUUUGCAGUGUUUGAGGAAUCAGGCAUCUUUAUUGCAGCGUGUCGGCACCGAUUCGUCCUUCUCGCUUGCGAUAUGUACCCAUUGGCUCUGCUUGAUUGUCUGACGUCUGUCUUGGGGGAAAAGGGGGGCUGCGCAUAUGACAUUGGAUGUGCGUUUGCCAAGACAAUGGCAAACAGCAGUUUGGGACGAUGUGCACAUGCCCUCAACCUGCAGAUGAUGGUGGGUGUGUUCCAUGGCCACGCUCAUAACCGGCGGUGCCAGCUAGACUGGCACCCGAUGUAUAUUGAUGGGACAGGUCAUAUGGAAGGUGAGGGGUGUGAGCAUGUGUUCUCAGCCUCGAAUGAACUUGCACGGAGUACUAGGCAUGCGUCUGUAUUCCACCGGCACCAGACCAUUGAGGAACACUUUGCAUUCUGGGAUGCAGAUAAAUAUGCCGCAUUAAAACGAUUAUAUCUGGACAGCCUCAAGACUCCACCUCCAAAAGAACUCCUUCAGAUCCGCUACGUCGAAGUCCUCGAUGAAUUAGCAGAGUGA